UUGAAUUCUAUUAUAUUCUCAUUCUCAUUUCUAAAUCCCGUGUUCCUUCUUUGUCUUUCUCACUCUCAUCUUUUGGCUCUUCUCUCUUUAGUUUCUUUCUUCUCUUUAUUAUUAUUAUUUUUUUUAUAUAUUUUUCUCUCCAACAUGACUGGUGUUGCUGAAGAAGCCCCUGUUACCCUCGACACGCUGAAGCAGUUAAUGGCUGAGUUUGCGAAGGAGAGAGACUGGGAACGUUUUCAUAGCCCAAGGAACCUUCUUUUGGCUCUGGUGGGUGAAGUAGGGGAAUUGUCUGAGAUAUUUCAGUGGAAAGGUGAGGUUCCAAAGGGUCUUCCAGAUUGGAAAGAGGAGGAAAAGGUCCAUCUUGGGGAAGAGCUUUCUGAUGUGUUGCUUUACCUUGUGAGGCUCUCCGACAUUUGUGGUGUUGAUCUUGGCAAAGCUGCUUUGAGAAAGGUUCAACUCAAUGCCAUAAAAUACCCUGCAAAACAUUGCAAAGAGCUUUCAAUUUCAAGGAAGCAAGAUGAAAACCCCUCCACCAAUAAUGGCACUGCCACUGAUGGUGACUGAUUUGAAAUUAGUUUCUUUAGCUGAAUUAGGGGGUGAAGUGGGAAAGAAACCUUGGUGGUUUGGUUUUUUGUACAAUGGAUUGUGCAUGGAAACUGUUGUUUAGUGUCUUGGUACGUUUAUGAUUCUCACAGGUUAAGUUACUGUUUUGGCAGAAUCAAAUCCCCGUGGCAGAUAUGAUGAAAUCUAUUUCUUCCAUUUUUGGCCAACUUGCUUUUCUAUGUGUUGGGGGCAUUUUGGAUGCAUAAUUACAAUCCCGGAUUCUGUGCAAUCUGAUUUAUUUUCUUAGUAUUUAAUAUAUGUUUCUUAAAACGUC